AAUACAGUCAGCAAAAAACUCUGAAAAGGCAGCAGCCCAGCCCAAGGCUUGCUGCCAUUGUUAAUUAGAUCCUUUAAAAGUAGUUCUACAAAUCCAGCCCAGCCUAAGCACUGUAGAAAAUCUCUGGCUGUUCUGUUUGAUAGGUCCAAUAAUUCGUGUGAGCCCAGGAUAAGAGUUUCAUGACAGCUCUGCUUAAACAGGGUUAUCCUCUUUCUCCUUUGAAUUUGCUUGUUCGUGCUUUAAUUAAAUUCAUCUCCUUGCUACCCAUUUUUGUGAUUUUUUUGCACAUAUAAUGUACUCUACUCUAGCAAAAACCCAAUCAUUUCCUAUUGUGUUUAGGGUUUCCUCAAAACCCAGAUACGGCAAACAAUUCCACAAUCUAAACCCUAAAUGUGUCAGCUUCGCACCACUUCCACUCGAAAUUAAUGAUAGGUUUGUGAGACCAGCAAAGGCUUCUAAUUGGGAAAUGAGUAAUUUAGCUAGAGGUAGAUGUAUUUUAAGUAGCCUCAGAAGUAGUGCAAGUUGUUGUUCACUGUUAAGAGCUAGAAGUUUCUCCAGCUCACAUUCUCAGAGCGUAGCUGGUGAAAGGAGCAAUGCAGUGAGAGAUGGAAAGUCACUUCCUUGGUUAAGUUCUAGAAGAGUUAAAGAAUUGAAAGGAUUGGAGAAAAGGGUAAGUGCGUAUAAUAAUGGUCCUUCUUCUUGGAAGAAGUCAGAUAAAAGAUUGGAGAAAAUAGCUAACGGCUCGUCAUGGGAGGAAUCAGCGAAGAGGUUAGAGAAAGAUGCAGAUUCUGUUAAAAACUUAGAAAAAGAGGGAGUUACAAGAAGUGCUCGAUCUUCUUGGGAGGAAUCGGUGGAACCUGCUUUGGAAAGUAAUAGAAAUAGAAUGGUGGGUAGAGUGAAAGACAGGGAGUAUGAUUGUGGUUUUAAUGAAACAAAUGCAAGUGUAGAUAAGGAAGAAGAAGGAGAAGGUGAAUUGGAUGUUUCUGAAGAUCCGAGAUGGGAUAAGAUUAAAAAUAGGUUCAAUGGAAUGACGAAUGCCAAAGGCAGGACUGAGAAAACUGAGUUCAAUAGGUGGAAUAAGCAGGAAAAUUGGGGUAGAAAGACAUGGAGAGAAGCUACUGAGUCGACUUUGCCUAAGAUGGUUGGUGGAGGCGUGUAUGGAGUUGGUCCUGUUUUGGCUGCAUUGUCAGCUGCUAGAAGAGAAUUCUAUGCAUUGUAUGUUCAAGAAGGAUUGGAUUUGACUAAUAAUAAGAAGAAGAAGGACAAGAAAGGGUUUGAGAAGGUGUUGAAGAUGGCUCAGAGAAUUGGUUUAAGCAUAAGGAGAGUUUCAAAACAUGAUCUAAAUAUGAUUGUUGACAAUCGUCCUCAUCAGGGCCUUGUGCUAGAUGCUUCACCACUGGAGAUGGUGAAAAUAAUGGAAUUGGAUCCUGUUUCAUCUGAGGAUGAGAAAGGUUCUCUUUGGGUAGCUUUGGAUGAGGUUACUGAUCCUCAGAACUUGGGAGCAAUUAUUAGGUCUGCCUAUUUCUUUGGGGCUGCAGGAAUAGUGCUCUGUGCAAAAAAUUCAGCCCCUUUAAGUGGGGUUGUAAGCAAAGCAAGUGCAGGAUCACUUGAAAUAAUGGAGCUUAGGUAUUGCAGGAAUAUGAUGCAGUUCUUAGUAUCAUCAGCUGACAAUGGUUGGCGAGUUCUUGGAGGUUCUGUUGCUUCAAUGGCUGUUCCUUUAAAUGAAGUAGUGCCUGGUGAACCCACAAUUCUUGUAUUGGGUAGCGAGGGUACUGGCUUGAGGCCAUUAGUGGAGAGAUCAUGUACUCAAUUAGUUCGGAUCCCUGGAAACAUUCCUAUGGAUGUCACAAUGGGAGGCAACGAUGUUGUUGAAUCCGAAGAAAUAAAUCUUCAGCAUUCAAGUGAAGGGUUCCGAUCCUUUUUGGCUGUGGAGAGUUUGAAUGUUAGUGUUGCAGCAGGUGUGCUUCUUCACCACUUAAUUGGGAGCAACCAAAUGGCAAAGAACUCUAUAGAUGAUUAAGGAACUAGAAUCAGACUAGUGAAGCUGCUUUCUUAUUACCAAAUACUUGCUAUACCAAUUUUAUUAGUUGUAGGGUACAUCUGCUAAUGGGAUGGUUCUCGAUUGACCUCUUGAUGAAAACAUGUGCAGCAGAAAUCCCCAUUUUGGUAACAUGAGAUUCUUGACCCUGGUUGUCCUCUCAAUUAUCUAGUUUCUACAUGUAAACGUUUAUAUAUAUCCUAUCCUUUCUCUUCAUUUUGGUUCUUUCUGCAAUACAUGACCUCAUGAGGAAGGUGAGGCUUAGUUCUGGUCUUAUUGAUUGCAUGUUUUUUGCUGAGUGCUUGCACCACGGUGGAGAGAGUGAUAGUUGCAAGCCUUGGUAUCUCAUUAGUAUUGGCUUGUAACUAGUGGAAAGUUUCUCACAAAACAAAUGAGAUUAUGAUAUAUGGGCUUUCUUCUGCUUUUGAUGUCA